AUGGAAUUCACUGGGCUGUUACUUUUCAUUUAUUUAUUUUUCGCGAUUAUUCGAAUCGCCAAUGCACAAAUUAAUUGUACUAUAUUUGCGGAUGAUCUAGAUGCCAUUAAUCUAAAUCCAUUUUACGUUCGACUCCAGUUUAAUUCAUCAUUUACAUCAGUGUACUCUUCCAAUUCUUACUGGAAUAGCAAUUACCAAAUAAGAGUUACAUAUUUUAAUAUUUUUAAUGAUGUGAAUCCUUCUGUAAAUAUAUACUGUCUGAAAAAAGUAGAAACACUUCAAUUAAUAAAUACAAAUUUACCAAUAUUACCUGAUAUAAAAAACUUUCAAGAAUUAAGAUCAUUGAUUAUUCGAUUUGAUAAUGGUGCUAUUGGUACACAUUUGCCAUCUGAAUUCGGACAAUUAAAAUAUUUAUCAAUUUUAGAAUUGUCUAAUAUUCAAAAUCUCGUAGAUUUACCCGACGAUAUUGAAUAUUUGGCUAGUUUGUCAUCAUUAACAUUAGAGAAUAUACCAAAUUUUAGUCAAAUACCAGACAAAAGUAUUGGUAAAUUAACUAGCCUUCAAACUUUAAAUUUAACUGAUUUACCAAGUUUAACAACUAUUCCAUCGUCAAUAAAUAAUAUUGAACGAUUGCAUAAAUUAGAAAUAACUAGAACACGUAUUAAGACAUUAAAUUUAGAAAAACUAAAAAGUCUAUAUUAUGUAGUAAUUACAUUUAAUUCAGCAUUAGAAACUAUUGAUAUUACAAAUGUGGCCUCUUUGAGUUACAUGUAUGUUCGAAAUAACAAUGAAUUGUUAACUUUAUACGUCCAGAAUUUAGGUUACUUAUCAAUAUUAGACAUAUUAUCAAAUCCAAAAUUAAUUUCUGUCCAUAUUGCAAAUGUAUCAUGCCGUUCGACACUAUCAAUAGAUGAUAAUCCACUAUUAAACACAGUUAUACUAAAAAAUGUAUCCUACUUAAGAACUUUUAAAACCAAUUCAUCAUUUAAUCUUAAAUCGAUUUCAUUUGAGAAUUUACAUUCUUUAUUUAACGUUAGUAUAAGAUCAGCUUCAUACUUGGAAACAAUUUCAUUUCUUAAUGUACCAACAAUGCAAUAUCUUGAUUUAACUGGUUGUCAGUUGACAAUGUUUCCACGAAGUGUUUUAACAUUGAAAUCAUUAAUCCGUUUAAAUAUGCAAUCAAAUCAAUUAUCAACAUUGCCAUCAACUUUAUCAACUGACUUACCAAAAUUAGAAGUUCUUUAUUUAGGAAACAAUAAAUUAGAAGGAAAUAUUUUUCAUCCAACACUUUUUAAUAUUCGUGAACUUGAUUUAAAUAAUAAUUUGUUAACAUCUAUGUAUGGUAUUGGAAAACAUACAUCCAUAGAACAGUUAGAAUUAAAUUAUAAUAAUAUUGCAUUGAUUCCACUUGAAAUUAUGAAUUUAUCAAAAACAUUAAAAACAUUAAGAAUGAAUUAUAAUAAAUUAGAUUAUAUUCCAUAUCAAAUGGCAAAUAUGAGAACAUUACGAUCAUUUUCUGCUAUGAACAAUCUUAUUUCAAUCGAUGAACAACGAAACCUUUUCAAUAUAUUUUCACAAUCGCCUAUAAAAUUUAUAUUUUGA